AACACUUAUACCAGAAGUCUCACUCUUUGCAAUUUGCUUAUGUUUUCGUGUACGAAAUUUUUCCUGAUUUAGUAGACAUACGCAGCCCAAGCAAACAACGUUGGUUUGUAAGGUUACGUCAAUUCAUUGUAUCAGUGUAUAUCACCGAGCUUAAAUAUAGCUCAGUGGAGCAUAUUGUUUGCAAUAUUGUUUGCAAUAUUGUUUGCUGGGCCACUCUAUGGUCACAGAGGACCAACACAGAGACCAAGUAGGUCCCCUCCUCGGUCCCCUCUGUGCUAUGGUUUAGAUCAACUUGCGUUUAGCGCAAGACGGAAGUGACUAACUGGUGAAACCGUGAAACGUGUUCUGAUUUAAAUAUUCUUUUACCCGUUUAUAUACUUACAGCUGUUAUUUAAAAAUGCAACUACGUUCGGCUCUGUUUUGUGUAAUUGUCUUCGUUUUAGUUCUGGUGACCUUACAGCUUUACUACCUGCUUGUUGAUGAAGAAAAUACUAUCAAUUUCUCUGAUCAUCCUUAUGAUCAGAGGUAUGGUUCGGAUAACAUGAAUCAGGAUUAUUCAUUGGCAAGAGAACACGACGAGAAGGACGGAUUUGAAAGUGAUAUUACUGAAGAUGAUGAACCAGUUCAUUUUAAUUACGGUAGAGAUCAAAGUCAUGAGGAUAGUCAACCUAUGGAAAAAGAUAUUCCAAUUUUACUCUGGUGGACACCUUUCUCUUUGUCAAAUGAAAUACGAAAAUGUAGUAUGGGUGAAUGCUAUACGACAGUGCAUCGUACAAUGAAAAAUGACAGGCGAACUCAAGUGUUUUUAUUUUAUGGAACGGAUUUCAAUGUCAACGAUAUACCACUGCCGCGAAAAGCUAAUCACGAAUGGGCUCUUUUUCAUGAAGAAUCUCCAAAGAAUAACGCAAUUUUGUUUCACGAAGAUACAAUCGUACUAUUUAAUCACACAGCCACAUUUCGUCGCCAUUCAGACUUCCCUCUUGUCACACAAAGUCUGGAUUCAAUCGAUAUUUUGGAACAAAAACCAUGGUAUUCGCUGGAUGACAAGAAAAGUGAUAAAAACAUGGCUUCUGUUGUUUACGUGCAGAGUUCCUGUAACGCUCCAUCAGACAGGGAUACUUAUGUCCAAGAACUAAUGAAAUACCUAAAAGUUGAUUCAUUAGGCCAAUGCCUUAACAAUAAAGAACUCCCUCAAGAAUACAAAGAUACUUUGACAUUUUCAAACAAAGGUUUUUACAAAAUAGUCGGCAAAUAUAAAUUUACAUUAGCUUUUGAAAACGCGAUUUGUGAUGAUUAUAUUACGGAGAAAUUAUGGAGACCCCUUGAGACUGGGUCAGUUCCUAUAUAUCGUGGUUCGCCGUCCGUGCUUGAUUGGAUGCCAAAUAAUCAUUCUGUGAUUUUGGUGGAUGACUUUUCCAGUCCGCAAGAGCUGGCGGAAUAUAUUAAAAAACUCGACAAUGAUGAUGCCGCGUAUAUGAAGUACUUAGAUUUCAAACAGAAAGGUGGUGUGACAAAUACAAGACUUCUAAAACAUAUGAAAGAAAGAAAGUGGAACAUGGUUAGUGGAGAAAGUGAUUUUUUGGCUGCUUUUGAAUGUUUGGUUUGUGACAGACUACAUGAGAAUUUAAAAAGACAAAAGUCCGGCUUACCCAUGGCGAGACAUGUGGCUGACCAGAAUCACUUUGGUUGUCCCAGACCAGUUCAGUUCAAAUACCCUUUAGUUAAAGGUGUUGAACAGCCAGAGCGAGAUAUUUGGAAAAGGGAGUUUGAUGAUUAUAGGAGCGUAGCUAAAGCCUUAAACAAGGCUGUUCGUGAAGGUGAAAAGCAGUUCAAAAGCGACCUAUAUCAUUAAGCUUGUCGUAGGUUGUAUAUACAUAGAAACGAUAUGCAUGUACAUUGACGUCGUUCAUAUUUGAUUAUAAAUUAUAUUGUAAAUUAUAUA